AUGCGCAUCUUCAGUCUUGCAUUGGGGUUUCUCCCCCUUGUGGCCGGCCACACCCUCAUGACCACCCUCUACGUCGACGGCGAGAACCAAGGCGAUGGCGUAUGCAUCCGCAUGAACCGCAACGCUGAAAAGGCGACGUUUCCGAUUAGUCCGCUUGCGAACGAUGCGAUGGCGUGUGGUUAUGACGGCGAGAUUGCCGCCGCGCGUACCUGCGCCGUCUCCCAGUCCUCAACACUCACCUUCGAAUUCCGCGCCUACCCCGAUGGCAGCCAGCCAGGCUCCAUCGACGGAUCCCACAAAGGCCCCUGUGCGGUGUACAUGAAGCCUGUCGCGAAUGCCACAAGUGACAACAACGCCGCCGGCGACGGGUGGUUCAAGAUCUACGAGCUAGACUAUGACUCCAGCACAAGCCAAUGGUGCACGGAAAAGCUCAUCGCCAAUAACGGGUUCCUGUCUGUCCAGAUUCCCGAGGGUCUUCGGGGCGGAGAUUAUCUUGUUCGAACGGAACUGCUAGCCCUCCAUGCGGCGCAAGAUAGCCCGCCGGAUCCGCAGUUUUAUGUUGGCUGCGCGCAGGUGUUCCUGGAAGGCUCUGAGAGCGGGGAUGUGCCCGAGGGAGUGGUGAUCGAUGCUUCGACCUACAGUUUGGAUGUUCCCGGCCUGACGUACAAUAUCUAUACGGAACCGCUGGAGCUGCCCUAUCCGAGCUUCGGGCCCAGUGUCUAUCAGCCGAACGCGAGCGCCUCGACAGAGAACGCGAAGGUCAGCGGUACACAGGCGACUCAGAAAGAUGGGCUGCAGCCUGAGGGAUGUAUCCUUGUUCGCGACGAUUGGUGCGGAUAUGAGGUUUCUUCUUAUUCUGAUGAAGCUGGAUGCUGGGCAGAAUGCUGGACCCAGGCCGACGAAUGCUGGGGCACAUAUCUGCCAACAGGUAACAAGAACUGCCAGAUCUGGCAGGACAAGUGCACGGAGAUUGAUACGCAGUGCAGCGCCGGGAACUGGAACGGCCCCCCGAAUAAGGGGAAGGUGCUCACGCCGGAGCUGGAGGGUGUCGGUGGGAGUAUGAAGGUCUUCAGUGGAGGCGUUAGCAGUGCCGAUUCUGAGGGAAGUGGAAGUGGAAUCGAUGAAGCGGAGACUGAGAUGAACACUAGCCAGGGCGCGGCGUUUACUUCGACCCCUGCUGCAGAGACGGCUGUUGCUGCCGAUGCUACUGCUACUGCUACUGCUACCACGGAAGAUGCUGAAGCUACUACUGCGGCCGAAGCUGCGGCUACAUCUGGUGCUGGUCGACCGGGGCGGGGCCAUGGUCAUGGUCGUGGCCCUGAAGUAUACGCGGAUAUUACUGUAUAUGAUGACAACGACCACCUCUCCAAUAUCCGUCCCGUUAUAUCCUGUUGCAAGGUAAACCUGGGUCCUAAUGACAGUUUCCUUCGCGCAGCGAGGUUUGCUCCCAUAUUUUCUGGCAGUCAUGGAUUGAGAAUCGACUACUCAGACACGCAUUACUGGCUGAUUGCGUGGCCAGUAAAUGUAGUGAGCUUCGACCAAUGUUUGCCACAGCCCCAAGGCUCUGCACCCGAGACGUCUAGAACUGCCAUCCACCUCUUCGCCUUCAGCAGAGCAGCCUUGAGUCCAUACACCUGCUAUCUCCAUCUCCACAUAAUUGAGUUCACUAUAAGUGCGGCAUUCGACCAGAAUGACGCUGAGGAAAGCUAA